AUGGCAAAAAACAAGAAAAGUAAAGAGAAAUCAGGUGAGAAUUCUUACAAUUGGGAUUCAGGUUCGAGAUCUCAAGAUCUGCAAGAUAAUUCCGAUUAUUUGUUAAAAGAUGAUGAGCCGAAGUUUAGCUCUAGAUAUAGUGAUAGUGAAAACUCGACGGAACUAAAACACACCAGAGGCGAUCUUUUUCCUAGCGUCAUCGCUAGUGACCCCGUUAGCAAUGAAAUGUCUGACAGAUUAGACGGCACAGAUAAGAAAAAGGUUGCACCAAGAUCUGGUUUACAGUUCAAAGUCGGGCCAUCUUUUGAAACUACGACUUUAUUUAAGCCAAUUUACCUUAUGCUGACAGAUGAGAAUGUCUUUCCUUUUGUGAACGCAAGGAUUGACCGUGGUUUUGAUUUCAUCAAUGGCGAAUGGAUUGGCUAUAAGAGAAAUUAUUUCACAUUGGUAGCUGCUUUUGAGUUUGAAGACCAAGACAAUAGCAUUUUCUCAAACGAAAAAUUCUAUACAAUUGACGCCGGUAAUCAAAAAGUUAGCAUCAACUGUUUUGCAUUACGUUUGGUCUCCAAAUGCUGCGAAGAUGAUAUGCAGAUCAAUCUAGUACAGCAUACAGCUAAAAGAGAUCGUGGCCCUCAAUUUAAGCCUCCUGUAUAUCCUGCAGUAACUGGGGUUCUACCCAGCCAUCAGGUUAUUAAACAAGCUGCAAAUAUUAGAAAUGAGAGUAAAAUUGAUCAAUUUAACAAACUAUUUUUUCUUGAUAAUGCCGAAAUUUGGAAAACAUCGGAUAAAUCGAUUUUGCAUACAUAUCCUCCGGGGAAAAUUGCAACCGUAGCAAGAUAUGAAAGAAUUCAAUUUUCCACAUCUAUCAACUAUAGAAAGCCAACAAUGGUAAAUAGACAUUUCACAUUACAAGUCGAAUUACUAGGGUUACUCAGUGAUGGGAACUAUACUAUUUUAGCUUCAACAGAGACUCCACCAUUGAUUGUAAGGGGCCGAUCACCAUCGAACUACCAAAUAGCUAAAAUGAAUGCAAGGAAUGUCCUUGAAAAACAAAAAAUAGACCCUAUUUUCAAAUUUCUGUCUAAUAAAAACUAUGGUAACGAGAAUCCGAAAUAUGUACAUGAAGAUGACGAAAAUGAUGACAUUAUUAAUGAUAACAUCUCAAGUGCUGGCAAUAUAGCUCCCGCAAUAGAAAAAAGAUUAAAUCGAUCAUACUCGGGUCAUGGCGAUACGCCUUGCUUUAAUAAUGCUGAGCUAUUGAGACAACCUAAAAAAAGAGGGAGAAAAAAGGGCAGCAAACUGAAAGUUGUGAAAGAAUCUACAGAUCGCGAUCGACUAUCAGGGGUCAAUUUUGCUUUACAUCAUGUACCACAAGAAAGCUCAACACGCUCCGCAUCACUAAAUGAUCGAAGCGAGAGAACACCUAGAAGUUUCAAUGAUAGUGAUGACAGAGAAUCGAACUUUGAAAACUACAUCCACUUUGUGGCGGAAGAUGAGCCUCUUCAGUUGAGCGUCGACUCCCCUUUGAACCAAUUUUCACUUCACAGCGACUACAGCUUAGUCGACUUCAUGGAGCCUGCUGUGCUUGUCAAACGAGCCAAGAAGUCAAAGUCAAAAAGUACUCAUUCCAAGAGAAAGAAGUCAAAUGGAAAGUAUAAACAAGAAAAAUUGCCCCACAAUUCUGAUAAUGGUAGCUCUUCCUUCUUUGGUAUUCAACAGGAUUUAAAUCUGGACACAGAAUUAAGAGGUGAAUACUCUAAUCAUUUAGAUUAUGUUAGCGAAUAUAUUGUUUAG